AUGAAGGAGAUUAAACUUGCAGUACCACUGACUGUACAGUAUGUACCUGCAUGUACCAUAUACAGUAUCAUGUAAAUUAGUGCAAAGCUGAAUGUUGCAAUAUAUUUCAUAUAAUUAUAUUUUAUUCAGUUUUGCACUAAUUUACAUUUAAUCUCCUUCAUUGUUAUUAUUGCAACAUUUUUAUUCUAUAUAAUAUUCAUUAUGUUUUUGUAAUUACAGACACUUGAGAGACAAAUAUGGAGACUUUGAACAACUAGAUAAUGAAGUUCAGGAUGACAACUGCAUCUUGCCAAAGUCUGACUAUAAAUUUAACUAUCAUCAGUCAAAGCUCAUGUUUGGCUUGCUGUUAAGAGAUUUUAAUGAUACUAUCAGAGAAGGGGAUGGUGAACACCUAUUUGUUUUAUAUAAGCUUGCUCUGUUGCUCUAUCACAGUGAAAAACACACAAAAUAUGCCUAUUUUGUCCUGCUUCACCUUCUAAAGAUUGUUGCUAUACUCCCAGAAUUUGAUGCCCAUAGAUGGAAAUGGAACAGGUUUUACAAUAAGUAUGGUGGUAAAGGUAACAAUAUUUCAUUGGACCUUAAGAAAGAGCAACAAAACAAGGUUCUCAAGACCUUCUGGAGAGCCCUUGGUGGCUCAUGCAUUAGAGCCUCUUGA